AGUAACUUCAAAAGAUGAGAGAAGUAAGGCAAGUGGCAAAAGAUGUACCUUCGUUAUGGCAGACGAAAAGGACGGACUGCUUUGAUCAUAAUCGUUGGAAUUACCAUUUUAACCGUUUAUGCCAUAGGAUACAAGAGUGGAGCCAGCAGCCUCAGAAGAUAUGACAAUGAAAGUAACGAAAGUAUCGACACCAUGGACAUAUUUGUUAGGGAGGAGAUGGUUGCCACGGUAGGCGUGGAAGCAUGUAAGCCUAGCCCUCACAACAAUGGAGCAGCCGAGUUUGAUAUGUUUAACGUCUAUCGUGAACAAGUGGCUCAGCAAGGGGCCAUACCCUUCAAAAGUGAUCAAAGCAAACGGCAUCCGUCCGUCGACAAACUGAAGGUGUUUGUGCUACCUUUCACCCACGUCGAUCCAGGAUGGCUACAAACGUUUGAUUCCUACUCGAAGGACACGGAUGCCACUCUAGACAACAUGCAUAAUUUUAUGACCUCUCAUCCGAACAUGACAUUUAUGUGGGCAGAGCUAGCGUUUUUUGAGAGAUGGUGGAGGAAGCAGAGCCUCGAAGUACGCGAAAAUGUUCGCAGAUUAGUGCAGUCUGGACGAUUAGAGAUUGCGUCUGGCUCAUGGGUGAUGACCGAUGAGGCCAACGUGUAUUACCCCAUCACCGUUGACAAUAUCGUGGAGGGACAUCAGUUUCUGAAAGAGGAACUGGGCGGUGUCACACCUUCGGUGGUUUGGUCAAACGAUCCGUUCGGUUACAGCAAUUCCAUACCGUAUAUUUUCACGCAGGCAGGUUUGAAGCGUGCCGUGAUCAACAGAAUACACCAUGGUAUCAAACGGUACUUGCAAAGUCAGAGAGCUAUACCAUUUAGGUGGCGUCAGUACUUUGAUAUGAGAGGCGAAUCAGAUAUGCUGACACAUGUUUUGCCGUAUUCACACUAUGAUAUUCUGAACUCUUGCGGUCCAAAUCCAUCAAUAUGCUGUGAAUUUGACUUCAAACGGCUGACGCAUUGGUCGUGUCCGGGACCCAAACCAAAGGCUAUUGAUGCGUCCAAUGUAGCGAUACAGGCUCAAAAGCUUUUGUCGCAGCUUCGAGAAAUGGCGCAGUUGUAUGAGUCGAACGUCUUGCUGAUGGUGCACGGAGACGAUUUCCGCUAUAAUAUGAUCCAGGAAUGGCACCAACAACACGAUAACUUUCUACCACUUUUUGAAGAAAUCAACAAAGGCAAUAUUGCAGAAAUUCGUUUCGGCACGUUUUCGGACUACUUCAAGGAGUUGGAAAAGUGGUACAAAGAAAAUGGAAAAAAGCCUGCGACACUAUCAGGCGACUUCUUCCCAUACAAGUGUGCUCUGGGUGACAUCUGGAGUGGAUACUUCACCACACGACCUUUUGUCAAAAGACAGGAACGAGCACUGCAUAACGUUGUACGCGCUGCUGAUCUAAUUACUGCCCAAGCAUGGCACAGAAUGGACGAGUUGUCAAGGACAGAAGUCACCAGCAAACUGCAGGCCGCUCGCAGAAUUCUCAGUCUGUUACAACAUCACGAUGCGAUCACAGGAACGAGCAGAAAGCAUGUGAUGCAGGACUACUCGUUGCUUCUCCAUAACGCUACUGGGCUAGCUCGAUCGGCAUUUGAAGUCUCCUCCGUUGUUCUUUCCGGCGGUAAAGUGCAUACGUUGGAAUACUCGACCAGCAACAGCGAAACAGAAUCUUUGGAAGUGCUCAAAGUCGAAGAACUUGGACGCAUCGUGGUCAACGCAUACAACUCACUGCCAUACGAUAUCGAAGACGUCGUUUCUCUCCGGGUGGACACGGCAAACGUAGCUGUCAGCACUGAUGCCGGCGAAGUGAAGGCACAAAUUGAGCCCUAUAUUCAUCAAGGAGCUGUAUCGAAAGACUCUUUCCUUCUGGCUUUUCGCUGUCGUUUCCGGGCUCUUUCCACAUCCUCCUUCAUUCUGUCCAAAAGCGAUUCACCAAAAUUGACAAACAUAGCGAGCGUGUUGGUACACGAGGAUGUCAAAGAGCUGCUCCUCUUUCCUAGCACAUUCAAACCAGAACCCAUCACCUCGCAGGAUUUCUUUCUCGAGAACGAGGAGCUCAAAACUUCUCAUGACAACGAAACAGGACAACUGAGUCAUAUCACAACGGCGGCAGUUGGACGUACUGCUGUAUCGACACAGUUCUAUAAAUAUGAGAAUGCUUUCGGAGGGGCGUAUCUAAUGAGGGUUCGCGAUCCGCCUACGCCAUUAGCAAGCGGCUCUAGCUCACGAUUCAUCAGCAAAGGUCCUAUCCAGGAAUCCGCUCACCUCUUCUUUACCAGUAUUUACCAGAGGAUGAUCGUAAAAAACGUCAGAGGUUCCCUCAGCAAGCAAGUGCAUUUCUCUCUACGAGUGGACAUAACAGAAACCAAGAACACCGAACUUCUGCUGAGGUUGGAGACAAACUUGCGCGGUGAAAGAUUUUACACAGAUAGCGCUGGUAUGCAGCUUUUGCGGCGACAGCGCCACGAAAAACUCGGUGACGCUGCAAAUUUCUACCCCAUGCCAAGUGCAGCUAUACUAGAAUGCAAUCUGAAGCGGAUUACUGUAGUCAGCAACUUGCCCCACGGGGUUUCACCCCAACCAGCCAUACACGGAAUGGACAUUGUUUUGGAUCGCAUGUUGAAUCAAGAUGAUGGCAAAGGACUCGGAACAGGCCCUGACGCGCUACCGACUGAUAUUCUUCCCGUUGAAAUGCGAUUUUCCAUUCUUAUGGAGGGAAUCAUUGAGACGGCGACAGAUGUAUAUAACACAUACCACACCCCCGCUGGGCAUGUUGCCAUUCAAAAUGUUCUCUAUCCUCCCGUUUUGACUACAAGUUCAGAGAAGAUCGUCCCACUUCAAGCCCAAGCUGCUCUUCCCUGCAACCUCCAACUGCUUACGAAUCGCGUAGUCUUGAAAGGACAGCUGUUACUGACUGUUUUCAACGGCGGAAUCAUUUGUCGAACGAAUACUAUCACCACAUGCUCUGGUCAACUACGGCAGGGACUCACCUCCUACCUCCAUGCACUGGGUGUUGUCAAAGUACAGGAGACAGAUCUAGUCGGAACCCCGAAGACAGAAGAGAUGCUUUUAAAAAGUUAUGAACCGCAUAUCCCUCCGUACAAGUUCCUCUCGCUGCUUUUGAGUUUCUCCUAACGCGUAUGCAUCCAUGCUGUACAAUGUGCCCUUACGAAUGCCAUUCAUAUCGUUUUUCGCAGGACUCACGGGUGAAUAGCGACCAAAUUGCCAAGGUUUGCAAAAGGAUCAGCUUGUUUCUUUUUUAAGACUCUUUCACCUUGUUUCCAUUCCGUCAGUGUACAGAAUUAAACUUCCAGUCAAAUGCUCUUUUCAUCACUUCGAUUGUUGACAGGUUGACACUCAUAUUAUGCUUUACCGACAAACAUAUUUAUCGGUUAUCAUUUAAUGAAGAAUAGGUUGGUAAGUACAGAAUAAAUUGGCGAUCUGGCAAUUCUGA